UAUAAACAAAACAAUUUGACGCUUAGAGUUCUUGGCUUAGUCAAGGGAUUUUUGUCCCUUUUAACAAAAAAAAGAUAAAAAUGAAGCUAAGACAAAUUACCUGGUUGCUAUUGUUGGGAGUGGUUUCACAGAUAUUCAGAUCUAUAGUAGGAAAUCAAGACGAGGACAAAAUAGAACAUAGCACAAACCAAAGAUGGACAAGAUCAGUUGGUGGUGAAAUAAGCAAAAAGGCGUUCCUUCCCCUGUCGCCAUUUGAUGCGCGCUACGGACAAGAAAGAGCACAACCGCGCAUGCUCAGUCCGGGAUACUAUUCCCAGGAAUGCAAUGCACAUAAACCAUGUGAUAAAGGUCGAUACUGUCACAUGUUCCUGUGCGUCCAUUGUCUGAAGGAGAACGUCGCGUGUACCCAGAAUGGUCAGUGCUGUGGAGGUCAGUGUACUUAUGGUCGAUGUAAGAAGGACGCCGUUGCGGGAGCGCCUGGGACUUUUUGUGAUCGCCAUGACGACUGCAAGGACCCCGCUGGCACGUGCUGCGUGAGGGAGUCAGCGAUCAACCCACACAUCUCAAUCUGCAAGCCUCCUCUCGAAGAAAACAUGGUGUGCGGACCAAUAAACUUUUUUAAGAAUGUGUACAUUGGGGCGCAGGUCCAGAGGGCAUGUGGUCCGUGUAAACAAGGCCUUAUGUGCAAACAAGUCGGGAUUUUUGGUGUUCAUGAAAUCUGCGUAAAGGAAGACGACUCGAAGAAGAAAUAGAAAGCAAAAUACGAGCUUAACGACAUAAAAACCAAAAUUAUCUUACCAUGUGAUCAUUUGUCAAUCUGAUGAUUGGUCACCACAAACACGUGACGAACAAUGGACAUUGCGAGAGUCUUAUUCGUUCUUUGAUGGAAACUCUUCAGCUUUUGUUGCUCAUGUGUCAUAGGUUUUUUAUGAGGGCAUACUGUUGUUGGGAUUAAGGGAUUAAGGACGAGGGAUAGCAAGAGUUUACCGGGAACACUGGGGAUUGCUAGAGCGUUUAGGAUGAUUAGGAUGAUGUGACAUGCAAACACAGGGAACCCGACAUCGCUAGUACUUGAGCAGGGUGCCCGGGUUUUAAGGGUCUUUCAUCAUUUUAAAUGAAUGUAAGGAUAAGGUUGAGAUGAUUUAGAUUUUCUAACAAUUUAAAAAAUAUAUUGUACAAAUUGGCUCUAUCGGUUGUUAAUACAUACUGUAUAAAUACAUCGUAAAUAAUCAAUAAAUGCCCGUAAGCUUUAGGAAUUGAAGAAAAUUCGCUUUCUAACUUCGAUAUUGAUCAGUAAACAUGCAUGUAGAGCAAAAUAUUGACUGUUUGUAAUAAAAUUAAACAGCUUGCCUCCA